GCCAAAUUUAGGACUGAAACCGAGAGAUGAGAACACGCGACUUGCAAAGCCUUUAAGCCCCGCUCCAGGGAACGGCCUCGGUUGAAAUGCGCGAUGCCAGGGACAGCCCGGUCCCCCCGCACGGUUCCUCGCGAGCUCUUCUUUGGCUACUUUCUAGGCAGUAUUUUUACCUCCGGAGCUCUCGAUUUCCCAGGUACGGUGUCUUGCCAGGAUGACCCGUGGCGAAUUUGGCUGCCAAAGGAAGUUGCCAACUCGAGCUCCUGGGACAUAGACAUUCUCGAUGGCAGCGGGGAUGACAUGGAAGACUGUCGUUAUCAAAUUGACUACGGAAAGCAAGUGUUGAUGGUUGGGCACCUGAACUGUACUGAAAUGGAGGAUAACAAGCAACGCCUGAGAUUUAGACUGCAGUUCAACAAUACAGAGGGGGUUCGGCCCCAGAAUGAAACUUACAGUGUUGACUGUGACACCCUCCAAGCUGACGAAGCGUUUUCCGAUGAGGGCUUCACCAGCGCUACAAACUGCACCAAAAACUCCAUGGCAGUGACAUUCCCAAGGAUGAUUCCCAGUUUUCGAGAUGAACUCACGGGUGUCCGGCCUGAAAUGGCGCCUCAAGUGGUGUCUGGAAUGGAGUGGGUCGUAUCCAUCGAGCACAAUGGCCGGACCCACCAUAUGAAUCUCAGACAGGCGAUUCAACAGGGCUACACGUUCCUUUCCAAUGUCAAUGACGUCAUCAUCCAAGUCCCGUUUAAUGCUAGAGGAGUCACAGUUUACAAGCAAGAUGACUACGUGUUGUACACAAUAGCUAUCAAGCUAACGUAUGGGCCUCCAGAGCAGCGUCUGACCCUGGAAUCGAGAAUGAUCUGCGCCCCAGGCCCAGCGGUCUGCAAUUCAACCCACAUGACGAUGAUUCUCCCAGCUUUCCCAGGAAAAUUGACAGCUAUCAGUCUGAAUGAGAAGAACAUUCCCGUACACCAAAUUCAAGCCAACGGCAUUGGUGUGGACACCAGAAGUGGAGUGAAGUUGUAUAUUCCCAAAAGACUUCUAAACACUCGGGCCUACAGAGAUCAGGAUUGCUCAGGUUUUCAGUUGUAUGCUGCAUCCUUGACCUUGAAUUUUGACUACCAUGGAGAAAUAGCCACCAUGGUUAGCUACCCGGAGUGUCCUUGUGAACAAAAUGCACCAAUAGUCACCGUAUGCACUCAAGAUGGACACAUGGAUUUUGAGAUCACAAGCAGCAGUACGAAACCGGACUUAAACCUGGAUACCCUCAGGCUCAGGGACCCAACCUGUGGGCCUGUCUCCUGGUCGGCUUCGAAAGAUCGAGUCCACUUCCGUAUACCCCUGAAUGGUUGCGGGACCACGAUAAAGGUUGUCGGUGAGAAGAUGGUUUAUGAAAACGAAGUGAGCUCCUUUUGGCCAGAUCAGCCUCCACGCUGGAUCUCCAGAGACAGCGAUUUCAGGUUGACCGUGGUUUGUUCGUACAAGAGUGCUGAUACUUCCUUGAAUGUCAAGAUAAACACUCUUCCUCCUCCUGAUCCUGUAAUCAACCAGGGUCCGCUUUCUCUUCUUCUUCUCAUUUAUCCAGAUCAGUUCUACGCAGUUCCUUACAGCGACGACCAAUAUCCAAUUGUGAAAUACCUGCGACAGCCCAUUUUCCUGGAGGUUCAAGUGCUCAACCGAAAUGACCCAAACAUCCAUUUAAUGCUGGAGAACUGCUGGGCUACCCUGUCCUUAGAGCCGGCUUCUUUGCCACGCUGGAACAUUGUAGUUGAUGGAUGUGAAUACGAACUUGACAAUUACAAAACCGUCUUCCACCCAGUCGGCCCGGCGGUCAGUUACGCUAAUUUCCGCCAAAGGUUUGAAGUGAAGGCAUUCGCUUUUGUCUCCAAUGGCGAAGCUUUGUCCAACCUGGUGUAUUUCCAUUGCAGUGUUAUCAUCUGUGAUAGACAACGUCCAGAUUCUCCUCUGUGUUCCUCUGGAUGUCCUCGUCUUUCCAGGAAACGCCGAGAAGAAGCAACGGAAAAGACUGCAGUGGUGACUCUUCCGCACGCUGUCAUUUUGGUACCGGAGGAGCAAUUUAAGAUGCAAGGCCAGCAGAAGUUGAGCGUCGAGAUGUGGAUUACCAUUUCUUUGAUAACAGCGUUUGCCUUUUUGGUUAUGGUUUUUGCGAUCCUGGUUUUGUUGUUCCGAAGGCGGAAAGGAUCUGGCUCGAUCAACUGAAUAAAAAGAUCCCUCAAUUAC